AUACAAGCUUACCCUAGCAGUAAAAAGGGAUUUUUAUGAAAACCUUAUAAUUAUAAUCAUCUUCUCUAUAUGCGUGCCAAUGAACCCUAAUCCUAGAUGAAGAAAGCUUCGAUCAAAUACCUCUGGCCGCCCCUACCUUCACCGAUCCAAAUCUCGUUCUUGAUAGCUGAUAUCUUCUAACAAAUGUGAUGGCAGUUUGGUAUCACAAUUUUUUCCUUCAUUCCAAGAGAUGUUUGUCAUGUCUUCCUCUAACAAUUUCACUGCAAUCCUUAAGAUUUCUACAUUUCGCACCAUUUUCAUCAUCGCCAGCAUUUCCUUCCAGACCCUCACUCGAUCUCGUUUCAAAUUUUUUAACAAAAGAAUGUGGGUUUUCUUCUUCUGAAGUGACAACUAUCAUGAGAAAACUACCACAGCUGUUGAGAACAAAAUCCGACCACACGGCUAGAGAAGCCAUUCAUAUCCUGAAAGAUAAUGGAAUGACUGAAAACCAGCUUAAGAGCACCAUUCGUAGAAACCCAUCCAUUCUUUUGAUUACUGUGGAUGCGCAGUUGAAGCCCAAAAUGGAAUUCCUGAAAAAUCUAGGCUUGGCUCCUCAAGACUUGCCACUUGUUAUAUCUCGUUGCCCCAGACUGCUUUCUAUGAGCUUAGAAAACUCUCUCGCUCCUAGAAUCCCCCAUCUUAGAAGCCUAUUUGACUCAAAGGACCAUUUGUGCAAGGCUCUCAGACUGGCGCCUGAGCUUUUGGGAAGUGAUUUCAAGAAGCAGGUGAUACCUAGAGUGGAGUACAUGAAAAAUAAUUUAGGCAUUCUAGAAGGUUCCACAGCAUUUGUGCGAGUCCUUACCGUGCUUCUAUAUGUCAGUUUUGAAACCCUGGAAAAGAAGACUAAGCAUUUGGCGAGCCUUGGUCUGGCAGAGGAGGAGAUUCGUCUGAUUUUGCAGUAUAAUCCUAGAGUGCUUCGGAGUUCAAUUAAGAAAAUAAAGGAAAACAUGGAUUUCUUGAUACACACUGCAGGUCUGAUGCCUGAGGUUGUUGUUACAUAUCCUAUUAUCUUGAAUUUUAGCGUAGAGAAAACGCUGAAACCCCGCUAUGAAUUAUUUAAAUAUCUUAGGACAAACCCUCACUGCAAGUGUCCACCUAGUCUGGUUCUUUUUUUGACAUUAAGUGAGAAAAGUUUCCUUAAAAAAUUUGGCCAGUACAGUACUCAAGUCAAGUCUAACGAUCACACAAUCUCCUAAAGCAAGCAUUUUGGAGCAGUGAUGAAGUUUCAAAGUAUAAAUUACUGCAGCUUUUUCAAUGGUUGGACUGACCUUAAAAGGGUGUAGAACUCGUCUGGGCUAAGGUAAUGUUAUAAGUAUCUUUACCCUCCUGAUUUUGCUGAUACCCCAAUCUGAUGAAGAAAAAGUUAAAUGUAUCUCUUCUCUCGAAUUACGGCUGAUUAGCGAUGUGCAAAAAUAAGACUGUUGAAACAUCAUGUCUAUUAAGACGAAAUUGUCAUUUUGUUGCCCUGUUUUUUUUCCUAGUAUGUCUCCCACAUUUUCUGGGUCUGUUGCUCGGUGUGCUAUCUAAGUGUGGCUUCUAUAUUUCAAGCUAUACACUAGACACCCAUUACCUCACUUUGUAAUGCUCUUUAGAAACUAGAUAUUUUCAAAAUCCAUGAUGUCACAAGUUUUUUUCGUAGUAUGCUAACACAAUAUCAUGUAUGGCGUAUGUAGUUCAGGCUUUUAAUGUCAUUAUGAAAGGGAAGCAACCAUAUUGUACUUGAUGUAUGUAAUGGAUUUAUUAGAUCAAAGAAUGAAAAUUCAUUUCCAUCAA